CAGCUCCCUCCUUCCCGCACCUCCCUCCCUCCCGCACCUCGCUGCCUCUCCCCGCGCCAUGCGGGAGGGAUGAGCGCAGCUCCUGCAGACGCAGCCCGGCAAUGGAGGAUGAUUUAUUCCAGCUGAGACAGCUGCCGGUGGUGAAGUUUCGUCGCACAGGGGAAAGCUCAAGGUCAGAUGAAGAUGUCAUUUCAGGAGAACAUGAAGUUCAGAUUGAGGGUGUCCGAACAGAGCUAGAGCCUGUUGAGCUUGAGGAUGGAGCUGCAGUACCUAAAGAAUUUGCUAACCCAUCUGAUGAUACUUUCUUGGUGGAAGAUGCGGUGGAAGCCAUUGGAUUUGGGAAGUUCCAGUGGAAGCUGUCUGUGAUUACUGGAUUAGCAUGGAUGGCAGAUGCUAUGGAAAUGAUGAUUUUAAGUAUCCUAGCUCCUCAGCUUCAUUGUGAGUGGCGAUUACCAAGCUGGCAGGUUGCAUUGCUCACCUCGGUGGUGUUUGUGGGGAUGAUGUCCAGCUCCACCCUCUGGGGAAACAUUUCAGACCAGUAUGGGAGAAAAACAGGCCUAAAGAUCAGCGUGUUGUGGACACUCUACUAUGGGAUCCUCAGUGGUUUUGCACCAGUGUACAGCUGGAUCUUGGUGCUGAGGGGCCUGGUGGGCUUUGGGAUUGGAGGAGUGCCUCAGUCGGUAACCUUAUAUGCUGAAUUCCUUCCAAUGAAAGCCAGAGCAAAAUGCAUUUUAUUAAUAGAGGUCUUUUGGGCCAUUGGGACUGUGUUUGAAGUCCUCCUGGCAGUGCUGGUGAUGCCCACCCUUGGCUGGAGGUGGCUUCUCAUCCUUUCUGCCCUCCCCCUUCUGCUCUUUGCUGUCCUGUGUUUUUGGCUGCCAGAAAGUGCCAGGUAUGAUGUUUUAUCUGGAAAUCAAGAAAAAGCAAUUGCCACUUUAAAGAGGAUAGCAACAGAGAAUGGAGCUCCUAUGCCUUUGGGAAAAUUAAUUAUUUCCAGACAGGAAGACCGAGGGAAAAUGAGGGACCUUUUUACACCUCAUUUUAGAUGGACCACAUUGUUACUCUGGUUUAUAUGGUUUUCCAAUGCUUUUUCAUAUUAUGGGUUAGUUUUAUUAACUACAGAGUUCUUCCAAGCAGGAGAUGUCUGCAGCAUAUCCAGCAGAAGGCAAGAAGUCAAAUCAAAGUGCAGCCUGACCUGUGAGUACCUGACAGAGGAAGACUACACUGAUCUUCUCUGGACAACCCUCUCAGAAUUCCCUGGGGUGUUGGUGACACUGUGGAUCAUCGAUCGGAUCGGCCGCAAGAAAACCAUGGCCCUCUCCUUCCUUGUCUUCUCAUUUUGCAGCCUUCUGCUGUUUCUCUGUGUUGGAAGAAAUGUUCUUACUGUGCUGCUCUUCAUUGCAAGAGCUUUUAUUUCAGGAGGAUUUCAGGCUGCUUAUGUUUACACUCCUGAGGUUUAUCCAACAGCCACACGGGCUCUGGGCCUGGGAACCUGCAGUGGCAUGGCCAGGGUGGGAGCCCUGAUAACCCCCUUCAUUGCACAGGUGAUGUUGGAAUCUUCAGUCUAUUUAACACUGGUGGUUUACAGUAGCUGUUGCCUGCUGGCUGCUGUGGCUUCCUGCUUCUUGCCCAUUGAAACCAAAGGUCGUGGGUUACAGGAGUCCAGCCACAGAGAGUGGGGACAGGAGAUGGUUGGGAGAGGACCUCACUCCCCAGAGGUCACCAGGUCAAACUUUGGAUCCCAGGAAUGAUGGGAGAUGAAAACCUGCCAAAGGAAUGGAUGUUUUGAGCCAGAUCUUUCACCCAAAACCCAACCCUGAAGCUGACCGUGCUGUCACUGCCAAUGUCAUGUGUCAAACUGCAGGACCUUUUGGGUUGAACCUAAGCAAAUUGUGUCUCUGCUGCUCUUUGCUCACACUCCUAAAAACUUUACUUCUGUAUUGAGAGGUAUUUGAUCCAGAUAGCAUUGGAAGGUUAGCAGGAAGAGGUUUUCUUAAGUCUGUUGUGCUUGCAUGGUCAGCUCUUCAGCUUAAAAUGUCCCGUGUCAAGCAAAUAGCUAACUGAAUGC